UGGUAGCUGCACAUUUAGAGUGCCGCUAUGCCCCAUUACCUCCAACUCCAUGUCCGUCAGCCUCGGAACCUCACGAUAGUAAACGACACGAGGCCAUGGAAUGCGCUGUGCCGUCGCCUACGUCAUGGGCGGCAGAGUCCACUCGCGUGGCGCAAACAUAAUGCCCUGCAAGUUCCCCCCCACGCGCAACCGCGACUGAAGCCCCAUCAUGGAGCAGCAGUUGUCCCGCACCAUCAGUGGUGAGAGCACCCGCUCAUGGCAGCAGCUCUCGACAGCCAGCGGCGCGCCGGCAGCGGGCAGGAAGGCCAAGUCGAGCGAGCCCGAGACGGGUGGUGAGAGCGUGGAGCGAGCGAGCGUGUCCAUGCCCCCGCUGGGCUCCAGCGCCAUCCGCCAGCUGCCCACUAGACGGCCGUCCAAGGCAUCCGAGAGCAGUCUGUUCGAGAGCAUGGCCUUCCUCGGCGGGACUGCAGACGAGGAUGUUGAUUCCACGCCUACCACGCUAGAAGGCUCCCGCGGUGGAUAUUUCGUCUCAGCAGCGACGAUGCCGCCGGAUUCGUCCCGACCUCCGCGAUCUGACGUCGACGCAGCAGACUCCAAACGGCUUUCCCUCACCUCACUGUACUCGAUCGGCUCCGCCAUCUACGCAAACUCGCGCGGCCACAACUGGAGCGGACGCAGCUCAAUGGCCGAAUCGGAAGCAGUGAAGAUGGACUCGACCACCGCCACGUCCUCGUUGUCCGUCACAACAAGCAGCCACAAUGGGAGUCUCGGGGCCAAGGCCUCGCCGACGCAGGUGCUCUUUUCACCAGAGCAGGCGGCACUCGACCCCAUUGCUGAGCCUGGCCUCGACACAAACACCAUCACCUCCCCACAACUGGCCCAACCACCCCUCCGUCGCUCGCGAAGCCGCACAACCCAGAGACGCAUUAGCGGGAGCCAGGCCACGAGCAGCAGCCCCGCAAGCAGGGAGAUGAGGGAGAACAGAAAGCCCACAAAGGGCAUUAUUGGCGUGUGUGCCCUCGAGUCAAAGGCCCGCAGCAAGCCGGCCCGCAACAUCUUCGGCAAGCUCGUCGACGAGUUCGAGGUCAAGAUCUUCGGCGACAAGAUCAUCCUGGACGAGGAGGUGGAGAACUGGCCCGUCUGCGACUUCCUCAUCUCCUUCUUCUCGGAUGGCUUCCCACUGGACAAGGCCAUCGCCUAUGCACGCCUGCGCAAGCCCUUCUGCGUCAAUGACCUGCCCAUGCAACAAGUCCUGUGGGACCGUCGUCUCUGCCUCGGCAUCCUGGAUAAACUCAACGUGCCUACCCCAAAGCGAAUCGAGAUCAGUCGAGACGGUGGCCCAACGCUGCCGUCCGCUGAGGUUGCCAAGUCUCUGUUGGAUCGCACAGGUGUGAGCCUGCUGGGACCCAGUGACGGUACCGGCGGUGGCCUCCCUCCACCAAAGAGUAUCGAGCUCAUCGAUGACGGAAACAGCAUUCGCGUUGACGGUGUCACGCUUACAAAGCCCUUCGUUGAGAAGCCAGUCAGCGGUGAAGACCACAACAUCAACAUCUACUUUCACAAGAAGGACGGCGGUGGUGGACGGAAGCUGUUCAGGAAGAUCAACAACAAGAGUUCUGAGAGAGACGACACUCUCGAUGUGCCUAGAUCUAUUCUCGAGCCUGGAAGCAGCUACAUCUACGAGCAGUUCUUGCAGGUGGAGAAUGCCGAAGACGUCAAAGCUUACACUGUCGGUCCAAACUUCUGUCACGCCGAGACGCGGAAAUCGCCAGUCGUCGAUGGCCUUGUCAAGCGUAACCCUAGUGGUAAGGAAGUUCGUUACGUGACCAAGCUCAACGAAGCAGAAGCGGCUAUCGCGUCUAGAAUCUCAGAAGGUUUCGGCCAGCGAGUCUGCGGCUUCGACCUCCUCCGUGCUGGAGACCAGAGUUACGUCAUCGACGUCAACGGAUGGAGCUUCGUCAAAGACAACGGUGACUACUACGACAAGGCGGCCACUAUUCUCAAAGACAUGUUUCUUAAGGAGAUCGAGCGCAAGCAACGAAAAGACGCGGCACAACCUGCCACCGCUAACCCACAAGAUGGCCCGGAGAAAUCCACGGCAACUUCGAGAAAGAGCAUGUCCAACCAUCGCCAGGCACUAAAGGGGUUGUUCAAGAGUCCCAGUAUGUCUAGAAUGGCCAAUUCUGCCCACCCUCCCCAUAUGCGUCAUCCAAGCACUACUACGCCCAAUUCACCUGAUACUUCACUAAGCACAACUCCUAUCACAGCUUCGCCCGGUGUCGAAAAGUCCAACCCCAUAUCAAUCAUGAGUCCUCCGACAGUCGGUACGAUCCCGGACGUGUCGCAAUCCGAGCCAGACCUUAGACUUCCACCCGCUCUGAAAGACCCAGAUCUGCUUCACGAAGAGGAGGCCUCUAUGUCGGAUGAACAAGUAAUCAUACCGCCUCCGGCCUCGAAAGCGCAGUGGAAGCUCAAAGGUGUCGUGUCUGUGACUCGACACGCCGACCGUACCCCAAAGCAGAAGUUCAAGUACACGUUUCACUCAAAACCAUUCGUCGAUCUACUCAAAGGACACCAAGCCGAAGUACUGCUGAUUGGCGAGGCAGCGUUACAAAGUGUCAGCGAUGCGGUCAAGGUUGCCAUGGACGAGGGACUUGAAGAUAUGAAAAAGCUUCGGGAUCUGCAACUCUACCUGAACAAAAAGGGAGCCUGGCCUGGAACUAAGGUACAGAUUAAACCCAUGUUUCGUAAGAGGAGAAAAGAAGAACUCUUACCUGGAGAGACGAUGCCUGAAGACUCUCCCGAGAUCCACAAACUAGACUCAAAAACCGAAGACGUGCAAACAUCGGCGCCCGAUGACAGCAACGACCCGGACUCUGAGCGGUUGAAGAAUAGAAGUGAUUCCAUGUCAGGUAUCACUUUGUCACGCAUCACUGCGCAAGACAACAACAUGGUGCUUGAUAAAUUGCAACUUAUCAUCAAAUGGGGUGGGGAGCCCACACACUCUGCGCGUCACCAAACACAGGACAUGGGCGCCAACUUCCGCAACGAUCUGUUGCUGAUGAACCGUGACGUACUUGAUGAUGUUCACAUCUUCAGUAGCUCGGAGCGACGGGUGACCACAAGUGCACAGAUUUUCGGGGCGUCCUUCCUCGAAAAAGACCAAUACCCAGCUGAGCACAUCCAUGUACGCAAGGACCUUUUGGAUGACUCCAAUGCCGCAAAGGAUGUCAUGGACAAAGUCAAGAAGAGGCUCAAGACCCUGUUGCGUGCAGGUGACAAAGCCCCGCCACAGUUCGCAUGGCCAAAGGACACUCCCGAACCAUAUAUCGUUGUCAGACAGGUGGUAGACCUGAUGAAGUUCCACCAGCGCGUGAUGAACCACAACUUCAAGAAGAUCGAAACUGAAGCCAUAUCCUCUCUCAGCGCAUUGGCAUCACCUCCUGGAGGCCCGGCCGCGCCAGGCGUGUCGCAAUACACCAACGUCAACCACAUACAGUCGCGCUGGUGCUGUAAUGAGGGACCAGAGCUGUUCAAGGAGCGUUGGGAGAAGCUUUUCAAAGAGUUUGCAGAUGCAGACAAGGUCGACCCUAGUAAGAUUUCUGAGCUCUACGACUCAAUGAAGUUCGAUGCUCUCCACAAUCGAGGGUUCCUUGAAUGGGUCUUUACCCCAGACGCUACUUUCGUUGACGAGGAAGCAAUUGUGGAUACCCCAAAGCAGACAACGCCUGACAAUGCGUCCACAAAAUCUGCACCGGCCCCCUCUGAGGCGCAAAUUAAGGCAGACGCAAAGGAGCAGAAUACAGCAAAACAGCCUGAUCGUAGUAGUAUCUCACAACGAAUGGGUUUCCGACGCAUGUCUGAGAUUGCUACCAGAGUAAUCCCAGCACCUCCGUCUUAUGUGAACGAUUCCUACUUCAAGUUGUACACUGGUGUGGGCAAUGCCUCUUCCAAACCACAGACGGAUGCACGACUGGUGAAACUUCGCGAGAUGUACCACCUCUGCAAAGUGUUGUUCGACUACAUUGGCCCGCAGGAGUAUGGUAUCGAAAGCGAAGAGAAGCUGGAAAUUGGUCUGCUCACGUCACUUCCAUUGCUAAAGGAGAUUGUCGGAGAUCUCGAGGAGCUUCAGGCGUCUGACACCCCGAAGUGCUUCUUCUAUUUCACCAAAGAGUCACACAUCUACACUUUGCUGAACUGCGUUCUUGAAGGCGGUAUCAAGACCAAGAUCGAACGCAACGCCAUUCCAGAACUCGACUACUUAUCGCAGAUCAACUUCGAGCUGUACGAAUCGGAGAACGCGAGUACGGACGAGCAGUCGAAUACGUUCAACUACAGCAUUCGCAUCACGCUUUCUCCGGGUUGCCAUGCUUUUGCUCCACUUGAUGUGCAACUCGACUCGCGCCAUAUGAUUGGCUUCUCGACUCGACGUGGUCUCACGGCACAUCAAAACUGGAAGGAAGUUCUCGAGACCCUUCGCGCCAAAUUCCAUACUGUCAAACUUCCCAAGUCCUUCGUCGCCAUCGACCUCAGCGAGAAAGUACCAGAUGCACUUGAGCGAAGGAGCAACGGCAAUGGCAAGGGUAAAGACAACGAGAAGGAGAGCGAACGAGGCAGAUCCGAAGAGAGGAAAGAGGACAACGCACCACGUGUGGGAGUGGAAAGCAACAAAGAGAUUGGAGACGUUGCCUCAGAACUGAAGGAGGAUAGUAUUCCACCUACUGAGUUACCUCCACCGGCGUUGGAUACUCAGUCGGUGUCCUAACUUAGAGGGUACAUGGACAUUGGGAGGAUGGUUGUGAACUUAUUGCUUUGGUCUAUUUACAUGGGAGGGGGG